GUGCAGCACUUUAGCUCGGAGAGUUCGACGACGGUGAUCCUCCCGGCAGAAGAGGCACAGAAGCUGCAGGACGAUCACCCGCGGUUUGGCGGACUGCCGCUGGCGUCCAGGAGCAGUUGGCGCAUCCUGGGAGUCGUCUCUGACGUUCAACCCUGCGAGAACUUGCCGGUGUAAGACGGACCUCACAUCUCCAUUUCCCUCCAGGCCCGGCUCUACGAAUACUCCUGCUGCUGUCGUGCGAGCACCGAGCUGUGGUGGUUCAUUGUCCUUCUUUCACAGGCGCAGGCCGAGGAGGUUUGAGUGUGGUUGUGCCACAGACGCUGUGCGACAUUACGAUUAUCGAGGGGCCAUUUGUCACCGACCGGAGCCAGUGGUGCAAGGAGACAGAGUACAUCGCAUCUACCUCUGACACACAAGAAGCGCAAACCGGAAUCUCCCUUGGGCAACUCUCGCGCGCUGGACGACCUGCCGAUGAUGCUAAGAGAUGGUCGAACAAGACUUGGCCUAUCUGUUGGAACUGCUGAAGGUGGAUGUGGAGACAGAAGAUGAGCUGGAUGAGCGAUUGAAGGCAGACGCGAAAGAACUCGGGCUGGACAUUGAAGCAGAGUAUGUGGCAGACAUCAAGCAGCCAUUUAGGACAUAUUGCUCGGACGACUCUCGUCGGUCUGAGUCUAUCGACUCACGGACAUCCUACUCGACAGGCCUAGUCUCGACCUUCUCGGAGGCCUCCAAGGAUUACAUCUCCCACGACGGACAUCAACGGCAUUCUCGCGCAUCGCUAUCGUUCAGAGACUACGACAGUUUCGUCUCGCGUGGAGUGCCAGAAGGGCACAAGUCACUAUCUUUCUCCCCAGCGUCAUCAACCCGUCAGUCAUUGUUCCUGCCACUUUCGCAGCCGGCAUCGCCAGACUUGUCACCCAGAAGGCAUCUCCGCAAGCUCCGUGGCAUUAAUCUGUUACGUCGCCAUCGAUCGAACUCUCUCACAGCAGGCGGAAACAAGUGCCCUCACUGCCCGGAUGACCCGCUGAACCAGAGGCGUGCUGUACACAGAUUGACAUGCGGUCAUCGUCUGUGCACGCAGGCAUUGCGCAAUACUGUCAAGACAGCGAUAGACUCUGACACAGGAGCGGUUCCGAGCUGUUGUGGGAGGCCUGUGCCAGGCAGCCUGGUGGAACGUGUCAUGACGCAAGAAGAACAGAGCGCGUUGCUGGUAAAGCUAGAGCAGUGGGACGACGCGCUGUCGAUGAGCCCAUCCAUGAGCAGCUCGCGGCGCAACUCAGCGCAUACCGCAGCAGCUAUCAGAUGUGGCGAUCGCGACGGCCACACUCUAUCCGACGAUGCUAGCAUCGCGCCAUUGUCUUUGGAGGCUCAUGAUAAUUUCAACCAAGCAGUAGCUCGUGAAGAUUAUAAGCUUCUUCAUCUUGGACAGACAGAGCAACGGGAUCGGUUGCUGAGCUGGGCAUCAAAGCAAAGUGAGGAACUUCUGGCCAAACACGAGACGCUGCGACAGACCAUGCUUUCGGCGCACGAGGCAGCGGUCGAAGAGAUGCAGGAACAGCAUGCUUUCGCCACAAGCGACGCGGAAGACAAGCAAGUCAAGGCAGAGUCUGACUUGAGGGAGGCCCAGGAAAAAGAACGGCGCGACAAUGCGACUGCUUUGAAGCACAUGGAAGCGUAUUGCGCCGGAAUGUACAGUACGGGUGAAGCGCACGACCGGACUGUCACAGAGCAAGAUCUUGCGGAAUUGGAGAAGGCGAGAUGGCACAGAGACUCGAUGCAAGUCAGGCACGAAAGUGCAAUCAACGUCUUGCGCGGUGAGCAAAAUCGAAGGCUUCGGCUUCGAGCGUCACGGCAAGACAGGGCAUUGCAGGAUUUGAAGCGCCAACAACGAAAAGCGGAGCUCGAACUCGAGAGACUGUGCAAUGGCGAGCUCGCCAAGCUCAACGACACACUCGAACAAAAGCGAAGAAAGAUCCGCUGGAGAUGGGAGCUCCAGAUGGCCAUCUUGGCUAAGAAGAUCGAAGCCGAAACUGGAAACCAUCUCGACUGCCGUUUGCCUACUGCAGACUGGCAUCGUGAUGGCAUCAAACCCAAUCUUGAAUGUCUCAGCACACCCAGGACCCUGGAUGCAGGUGACUCCUUUCACAUGCUUGAGCGACAUGACUCCACUACGACGAAGACCGGAGUUGUCUUGCAUGAUCCGAGCGCAAAGCUGCCCCCAUCUGUCCUGCCGACGCUUAUGAUGCAUGAGUUCAAGAUCGGUGGGUGGUGAAGAAUAGAUGGAAGGACGCGGGGACAAUGUUGAAGCACUUGGAUGGCAAGAGGUUCUGCUAUAACUAAUGAUGUACGACUGGCAUAUUGAAUGUGGCAUAUGAUGUGGAACGAUUACGAGGCAUAGCGGCCAGGUUUUGAUAUCGCGUGUGGGCUCGAGAGCACACCGCAUGGCAUAUGUAUGAAUAAGUAGAGUGAAGUAAUGAGAAACCUCAUUCAUCUCUUCAGGUCGUUCCGGCGGCCGCAGAGAAUGUCUACCAG